AUGGCUUCCAAAAAUGCUAGGGAGGAGGCAGACCAAUUGGGGAUUAGGCUGUUGGAAGUCGAAAGGCUGUUAGAGCAAGAGGCGAAAUUCAGAAACAGAGCUGAGAAGAAGCUGAAAUUCCUGAUGAAGAGGCUUCAAUCCUCUGCAUCUACUUCAACAACCGAAGAAGUUCAAAAACUGGAAAUUAUGCGAAAAGAGAUAGUUAAAUCCGUAGAUCUGGAGGAAUUUAAUGAUUCACAACUGAUUUCAUGGAGUGUGAGUGAGUCUACUUACUCAAUAAUAGGAUCAAAUGAAUACUCAAAAAUGGAAUCAUCAUCCGCUGAUGAAGGCGUGGAUAAUUCGAUGGCCUUAGUUGCGGUGGAAACGUCGUCGGAAAAGGAGAGGGUGGAUCCGGAAAUUCUGGAUGCGACGGUGAAACAGGUGCUGGAAUCAUUGAGGCGUGCAAAGGAGCAGCUUCGGAGCUCAAUGGAGAGAAGGCGCAGCAUGAGCAUAGGCAUGAUUAAAGUUGGCUAG